AACUGGUGCAGAAAGCCAGGCCCAAACAAGCGCAACCGGAACCCCCGGAACGGAAGUAACGGCAGACCUACUGUGUGUGUGGUUUUUCUGUGUGUCCCGUACAAAGCGCAGCACGACUGCGACCCGUCGACGAUCCUCCAACUGCCGGCGACGCAAACACCAGGCCCCGUUAGUCCAAUGAAACCAAGUUUCAAGAACGGAAAGUUCGCCAUCUACGAAAAAUGUCUCUGCCAAAAGAAUGGAAUCUCCAGGCAUCGCAGGAGUGUCUCGACCAGUACCUCCGACCGAAAAGCCUCUUUUCCGAGGAUAUCGAAAUACCGGCCCACACGACCGACAGCCGCCUGUUUGACGCCGUGUACCACCCGUCGAUCUCGGACCAGCGAUGCCGGGCACCGCUCAACGCGGCCCUGCUGGCCGAGUUCGAGAACAGUGGGUCGCUGUUCUCGAUCCAGUCAGCGCCGGUGUCUACGGCUCGACCGGAGCCAGCCAACGCACCCGACCCAGGUCCGUCGGCUCCACCACCACCAGCACCAUCGGCCGGGUUCGCCGCCAUCGCCGCCAGCAAGAUCCAGGAGCCGACUGCCCUCGGAAGGGCAGACCGUGAGCAGAGUGCCAACAACGAUAACACCAGCUUGCUGGACUUUCUCGGUGGGCCGUUGCAAAGCCGACCGGGCGCUGGCGGCGACCGGAACGAUACCCUGCUGCGUCCCUCGUCACUGGCCAUCGAUGCACCGUAUAAUCCGCUCAAGUCGCACACAGUGGAGCCCCAGCCGUCGACCGAGCUGGAUGAGGACGACAACGAGAACCUGCUGACCGUUUCGAGUUUAACUGCGCGGCCACUGAUAGCGAAGUCGCGUGAGAUACGGAAUAAGAAGCAAAGACUCCAUCUUCAGCGGCAACGAAAGCAGGUCACGUCCGAUUCGAGCGAGGACGACGAUGACAGCCCACCGGACGGUGGGUACGGCUGGAUCAUCGUAUUCGGUGCCUUCUCGGUGCAGUUCUGGGUCGCCGGGUUGGUCAAAUCGUACGGCGUGCUGUACGUGGAGAUAAUGGAGAACUUCGCAAACGCGUCGGCCACCACCGCUUCCUGGAUACCGGCCAUCCUUUCGGCGCUCUGCUUGGUGCUGGCCCCGCUGUCGAGCGCCCUGUGCCAGCGCUUCUCCUGCCGCAUCGUGGUCAUUAUUGGCGGCGUGUUCUGUAGUCUUGGGCUCACGCUCAGCUACUUCGCCACCAGCCUGUAUCAUCUACUGUUCACCUUCGGCAUACUGACUGGUAUUGGCGGUGGUCUCUCGACCACACCCGGGAUCGUGAUCGUGUCGCAGUACUUUGAGAAACAUCGCGCUCUCGCCAACGGGAUAACCAUCUCGGGUACGGCUGCCGGGAGCUUCGUGUUUCCGAUGCUCAUUGAGCGGUUGAUCCAGCUGUUCGGUUUUCACGGAACCCUGCUGAUACUGGGCGGAUGCAUGCUGCACGUCUGCGUGUCCGGAGCGUUGUACCGGCCGCUGGAAAAGAAAUCGGACACGGAGCAAUCGAAGGACGGCACCCAGUUUUCGUCGCGCACCGACUUCCGCGACCAGCUCGGUCAUCUCAGCUCGUCGGAGGACCACCUGAGCAAGCGCUGUCUGGAGGACCUCUUUCUGGACGAUCAGACCCGGGGUAGCUCGAAUGUCGACAGCAAGUUCGUCAACAUUACGGAAAAAACGCUCCAAGAAAGUGAAGACGAACUGAAAGAUAUCCUCUCGAGUGCAAUCUUUCUUAAGCCCAUUUCGUCGAUCAGAAGCUGCAGCAUACUGCACUCGGUCGAGGACCUGAGCACCGAUUCGACCUGCGUCUAUAAGAACCGUGCCAGCGGGUACGACUCGAAGCGGAACAGUAUGCGCUACCGGCAGCACCACCAACACCAGCAACAUCAGCGAUCAUCCGACACGCAACCGCCGGUGGUUGCGGGACGACCACCGCCGCAACCGGCACCGGAAGCGAUCGGAUCGCAAACGACUCUGGGGGCGGCCGACAACGAAGCUCCACUGUUGGGCCCCUUGCUCCUGGCGGCGGCGGGUGGAAUGGAAAAAUCGGCGGGCACGAAAGACACUAUCAACACCGGGGCACCCGCUGGGGAACCUACAACGAUACCGACGGUCACGAGUGCGGCUUCCCUGCUGUGUCCCCCGGCCGUACCGGCACCGAAGGCGCUGGCACAGAACAACAACCGAGGGCUGAGCAAGAGCAUGAUCAUCCCGACCCCGGUGGGGGAUCUGAAUGAAAUCUUUGACGACGACCAGUACACGGUGUACAAGGCGACGCUAUUGGAAAAGAUAAGCCAAUAUUUGGAUAUCACACUUCUGCAGGAGAUCACGUUCAUAUUGAUGUGCCUCUCGGUGGCUUUAAUGUCGGUCGGAUGCCCUUACAUGCUGUUUUAUCUGCCGGCCUACGUCAUAUCUGCCGGAUACACCAAGUCGGAAGCGGGCUACUUGGUGGCAGUUAGUGCGGCCCUCGAUCUAGUGGGACGACUGGCGUUGGGCUGGCUCUCGGAUUUGGACCUGUUCGAUCGCAAGAAAGCGUACAUUGUUUGCAUUCUAGGAGCGGGGACCGCCGUGCUCACCAUACCGUCCAGCAGCAACGCCUGGUUCGUUAUAGUGGUCAGCGCCGGAUGCUAUGGGCUUUGCCUGGGAAGCUGGUAUCUUCUAGUCCCGGUGCUGCUGGCCGACCUGUUCGGAACGGAGCGCAUUAGCUCCAGCUAUGGCUUGGUUCGGAUGUUCCAAAGUAUUGGUGCAAUCUCGGUGCCACCACUAGCAGGUUUGAUGCGCGAUAUGUCCGGUGGGUAUGAGAUCUGUUUCUACUGCAUGGGCGUUUGUAUGGUGCUUGGUGCUGUGCCCUUGCUCGUUAUCAUCGUACGGGACUCGAUCGCCCUGAAGGACAAACGGCUGCAGCUGGACAGAAUUGCGUAAGAGGGAUGGCGGCAACUACUUUUUCUUCUGCCUUUUCCAAUCCGCAGCGGAUCGAUUCAGCGUUCGUCCCAACGGUGGGAGCAUCUAGCAGCCCCCGAAGCAUACGGCGGUAACGUGACGAAACAAGACAA